GGAGGUGGAGGUGGAGCCGAACCUCAGAGGCCCUGAAAUAGUCACCAUGGGCGAGAACGACCCGCCCGCGGCCGAAGGCCCCUUCUCCUUCAGAUCCCUUUUUGGCCUCGAUGACCUGAAAAUAAGUCCUGUUACACCAGAUGCGGAUGCAGUGGCCGCACAGAUCCUGUCGCUGCUGCCACUGAAGUUCUUUCCAAUCAUCGUCAUUGGGAUCAUUGCACUGAUCCUCGCGCUGGCCAUUGGUCUGGGCGUCCACUUCGACUGCUCCGGAAAGUACAGGUGCCGGUCGUCUUUUAAGUGCAUCGAACUGACGGCUCGAUGUGACGGCGUCUCGGACUGCAAAGCCGGGGAGGAUGAGUACCGAUGCGUCCGCGUGAGCGGUCAGAAUGGCGUGCUGCAGGUGUUCACAGACGCCGCCUGGAGGACUGUGUGCUCCGACGACUGGAAGGGCCACCACGCCAACGUCGCCUGCGCCCAGCUGGGCUUUCCAAGCUACGUCAGUUCGAACACCCUCCGAGUGGACCUGCUUGAGGAGCAGUUCCAAGAGGACUUUGUCUCCAUCAAUCACCUCUUGCCGGACGACAAGGUGACUGCCCUGCACCAGUCAGUGUAUCUGAGGGAGGGCUGUGCCUCGGGUCGUGCGGUCACCUUGAAGUGCACAGCCUGUGGCCUGAGGAUGGGCUACAGCUCGCGAAUCGUGGGUGGAAACAUGUCCUCGCCCGCGCAGUGGCCCUGGCAGGCCAGCCUCCAGUUCCAGGGCUACCACCUGUGCGGAGGCUCCGUCAUCACCCCGAUGUGGAUCGUCACCGCUGCCCAUUGUGUUUAUGACCUGUACCUCCCCAAGUCAUGGACCAUCCAGGUGGGGCUCAUUUCCCUGCCUGACAGCCCGGCCCCCUCCCACCUGGUGGAAAAAAUCAUCUACCACAGCAAGUACAAGCCGAAGAGGCUGGGCAAUGACAUCGCCCUCAUGAAGCUGGCGGGCCCGCUCACCUUCGACGAGAUGAUCCAACCGAUUUGUCUGCCCAACUCUGAAGAGCACUUUCCUGAUGGAAAGAUGUGCUGGACAUCAGGAUGGGGGGCCACCGAGGAAGGAGGCGACGCCUCCCCAGUCCUCAACCACGCAGCUGUGCCUUUAAUCUCCAACAAGGUCUGCAACCACAGGGACGUGUACGGUGGCAUCAUCUCCCCGUCCAUGGUCUGCGCGGGCUACCUGAAAGGUGGUGUGGACAGCUGCCAGGGAGAUAGCGGGGGACCCCUGGUGUGUCAGGAGAGGAGGGUGUGGAAGCUGGUGGGAGCAACGAGCUUCGGCAUCGGCUGUGCAGAUGUGAACAAGCCCGGGGUCUACACCCGCAUCACCUCCUUCCUAGACUGGAUUCACGAGCAGUUGGAGAGGGACUUGAAAACUUGAAGAGAAAGGGGACAAGCCACCACGCAGAGCUCCUGCCACAAUGGAGACACCCCCGUCCCUCCACGGAUUCUGGCUGGAAGCUUUGAACAGGAGCAGAUGCCUUCUGGGCUGGGCUUUCCUGCCCCAGCAGCAGAGCCGGAGGGAGGAGCAUCUCUACAUCGAGAACAGCCUGCUUCUGACACCUCUGAGCAGCCGCUGGGCUAAAUGACCUUGAAGUGCCUUUCUGACCUUCAAAAACAGGAACGUCUCCCAAGUGCUGCCCUUUCCCACUUGUCCUUUAGGUUUUCUCGACAGCGGUCCUUCAACACGAGUGACAACCUAAGCGAGUCUCACAUGCAAAGCGAUGAAGGUCACUCGGUGAAGCUCGGCCCAGAACUGCGGGGACUGUCACUGUGGAUGUCACCUCCCACACGUUUUUACCCCCAGGCACCAGAACGACACCCAC